CUUACUUCCACGUUUUACUCUAUGCCCCUGACGUAGCGCGACACAGACGUGCCAGGGGUGGACCUUUUCACGUCAGCCAUUGGCCAGUACAGUAACACGAACAGCAUUUGAGGUUAAGGUCAUAAGGUAAACAUGGUAAAUCAACAUCAGGUGUAAUUUUAAAAAGAUGUCUGUUGAGUGUGUCAUACAGAAUGCGGCAAAAACGGUGGGGGAAGGACCUCAUUGGGAUGACGUCACCAAUACUCUAUUAUACGUAGAUAUUUACGUAAACGCUAUCCACAGAUAUGAUCCAGACAGUGGUAAAGACGAAAGAAUUGUCCUAGACGGCACUGUGGGAUUUGUGGUUCCCGCAAAAAAGGGGGGAUUGAUCGCUGGAGUAGGACGUUGUCUGGUCCACGUGGACUGGGACUCCAAGAAAGUGACCAAACUUCACGAAGUGGACCAUGGACUGCAGACACGCUUCAAUGACGGCAAAUGUGACCCCCAGGGAAGGGUCUGGGCAGGAACCAUGGGCCCCCCAAAACCAGACAUUCCAAGUAUGAAGAAAAUCGGAAGUCUGUAUUGUCUGGAUUUAGACGGUAGCUUACGGACGGUGAUACAGGAAGUGGGUAUUUCUAACGGACUGGCUUGGUCAGAAGACGGAAAGACAAUGUACUAUAUCGAUUCUACUCCGCGGCAAAUGUACAGAUUUGAUUUCGAUGGUUCCACAGGAAAAAUAGGGAACAAAACUGUGUUUAUUGACAACUCAGGCAAGUCCAUGCCCGAGUUUGGUUUACCGGAUGGAAUGACACUGGACACCGAGGGGAACGCCUGGGUCGCCAACUUCUUUAGCAGGAAAGUCGUCAAGUACAGCACGAAAACAGGUGAGCCCAUGCAGUCUGUGGAAUUCCCAGCGUCAAGAAUAACAUCGUGUUGUUUUGGAGGAAAGGGUUUGAACGAACUUUACGUAACAACGUCUGCUUAUGAAGCACCGGAAGAGGAAAUGAAAGAGUUUCCCUUAUCUGGUUCCCUCUUCCGGGUCAAAGGAUUAGGGGUCAAAGGUUUUCCCGCCAAUGUUUAUGAAGGCAGUGUAACUGUUCAAUAAAAAAUAGAUUGUGUUAACUUCACUUUAA